AUGCCCACCGAAAUAACCGUGACCCCAUCCGAGAUCGAAUUCCUCGAAACACUACAAGAAUCCAAGAACUCCGUAGUAUUCAAAGUCACCUUCCAGGGGAAACCAUGCGUCCUCAAAGUACAGCAGUACCACGACCGCGGCCCAUCAGAAUUCGACCCACCAGACCGCGAAGUCAACCUCUUCGUCGCUCAAUCAACAGCAUACCAACGCCUGAAAUCAAAAGAAUUCUGCAAUCGAGGCGUCAUCCCUGACUCCUACGGGAUUAUCAGAAACAUUCAACCGGCUCUUUGGCCAGGAUUCGGCAUGUUUCUCGGUUUAUCAAACUAUUGGGAGCGACGUAUGGCUGAAUUUCGUCGGAUUCUUGAUGAUAUUCACGAGGCGAAUGUCCUGCAUGGUGACCCGAUGCCUCGGAAUAUGAUGGUUUCGGUAUCGGGGGAUGAGGAAAGGGUGCUGUGGGUGGAUUUUGAUUCUGCGCAAACGUUUCCAGAGGAUGGGAGUCAUCCGAGACAGAAGGUGUGGGUGGAGGGAGAGGAUGAACUUGUGGAUUGUUUUAUGGUGGCUUUGGGUGAGGAUUAUCGAGAUGGAAAGCUGAGUCGGACAGUCUCUUAUUACUAUGAUUGUUUUCCGAUUUGA